CACCAACAGCUGACUGCCAGGAUGUGACUUGGUUCACAUCUAAUGUCAGGAAAAUGUUUACACGGACUAAUAUCUGUUUGUUGGAGGUGUAGAGGUGAAAACUGUAUUAAUAGAUAAGGAUCAGUUCAUUAUGACUCCAAUGAAAAGUCUACAAGAGUGGGCUGCUGAUUGCAUUGCACAGCAUCUUCUGCACAGUAUGUGUGUCACACAGCUGGCAACAUCUGCAUUCAGAGGUCAGAUUGGAUCCAGUCAAAAAGAAAUCAUUGCACGGACACUGAAGGACCUCAAGCUGCAUUUGUCAAGCCUUGAGUGCACAGCAUCUGCAAGUAUAAGUAAUCCUGCAUCCCGGCUCCUGAAACAAAGGAUUGCUUCUGUAGCUGAAUAUAUAUCAUGUCAAUCCCAAGUUAACUUCUUGAAAGCAUCCAUUCUGAAGCUUUUAUUACUUGAGGAGUUUGUGUUAAGCACUGGAGUUGAGUGGGAAGGUAGAAAUAUGACAUGGGAAGAAAAUGAAGACUUUGUAUUUGAAUAUUCCACGUCUGAUGUAGCGUACCUCAAUGCCUUUAUUAGAGUUCUGCAGACAUUUGGACCCUUUCCUGUUGAGAAAGUUGUAAUUUCAUUUGAUUUUCAAGAUACUGAUGAUAUGAAGUCAGUCCUGCAAGCUCUAUUUCACAGUUGUACCAAGAUCAGGAGUAUUCACCUUGCAGGAAAAAGUGUUCAUCUUGUUGCACUAAGUAAACUUAAGUGUUUUUCAAAGCAGCUGGAAGAACUAGUAUUAAUAGAUUCAUUUGGAUCUUUGACCAAAGAUGUGUUCUGUGUAUCUUUGUUAGGUAGACCGUGGAUAGAAUAUAUAUCUAGUCAUGAUGGUAGAAAUAGUUGUCUAGAACCUCAGUUUCCUGCCUUGAAGCAUUUAUGGUACCAAAGGCAAAAUUCUCAUCAAAAUUGGAAUGAUAGCUUAAUAAAGACAGCAAUUUUGACAUACUAUCCUAACCUCAAAACGUUAAAUUGGCGUGUCAAUGACUUUAAUCAUAAUUAUGCUCUUACUAAAAUACCCGGGUUAAGUGGUAAACAAUAUAAUUUAGAAAGUUUAUUGCUAACAACUGUGGAUCUCUCAGACUCUCAUAGAAAUUCAGCAACUGACAGAUUAAUUUGCAGUGUACAUGUUGGGUUCUUACCUCAGUUAUUUCCUGGUCUCCAAGAUGUAUCUUUAGUUUUUGCAAGAGGCACAGACUGCCAGUGCUCCCGCUGUGAACUCAGGAGUCCAUGUAAGACAAGAGCCACUCAAAUAAUAGAGACUCUAAGUAAUGUACUUUCAGAAUGCAGUAAGAUAGAGUCUCUCACUGCUGUUGGUGACAUCGUACAUUUGGAGUCUAUAUUGCAGCCUGUUUUAAGUGUACAUGGACACCGACUGAAAUCGUUAGGUCUGAGGCUGCACUCUACAGCAACGACGACACAGCAGCAUAUUGUAUCGAUCGUCUCCCUGUGUGCAAACCUAGAAAACAUUACAAUUACAGGAAAUGAAUCUUAUGGAGGCAGAUUAUCAGGAGGUCACAUGAAAUAUAAGUGGCCAAAAGUGAAGACCCUACAAUUCAUGCUUAAUGCAGCAUAUCUUGAGAAUGUCGACUUAAUGCAGAUGUUUUUGUCUGCUUGCUGUUUUGUAGAAAAUUUGUGUAUAAGUAUAUUUGCCUUUGAAAAUCUGUGUGCAAUUAUUAAUGAGUAUAAGGCUGACAAUAUAGUGGUGCUGAUAUUACCUGUGCUUGAUAAGGUAUCUGACAUUGAUAUUGAUGACCACAUAUGUUUGAUCCUCAAGCACUGCCCUAAAUUGCGAUUUAUAUACGUGCCUAGAAGACUAAAGAGGUGGAGAUACUUACAAGAAAGGUUGUGGAAUCGUGGUGUAACUGUAAAGUUCACUGAACUCUUAGCUAAUGGAUUCUAGAUUUAUUUUUUAUGGAUUUAUAUUGUGAAUAUAUUUAUUUUUAAAGGUUUCUGAUAAUUCUAUACCUAAUGUAAUGUAGAUGUGGCAUAAAAUGUUUUUACACAUACAAUCCGAUACUUCGUUAUGAAAAGAAGAAAGAGACUCUUUCUUACCCUUGCUUUAAAACUUCUUUGUAUUUUUUAUUCCUCUGAGAAAUAAUUUUCUUUGUGAAGAAUAGUCACCCCAAGACCAUGUUCAAUCUACCAUCAAGGCUGUGCUAUAUUUCCUGCCAUGAAUGAAAACUAGUGAGACACUUGACACAUAAUUGUUGUUUAGAAAAUAUAAUGACACCAAAAAUGUUUGCCCCUUCAUCAGCAUAACAUAGAGGCCGAAUUACCAUACAUUUGUGAGAGUUAUUGUUUUCAUCCACGGGAAAAUUUACCGUCAUAAAUAACCGCUAUUUGUUACAAAUUCAAAUAGACCACUGCCUCCAAUCUAGAUCGAUACCUGCUUGAUCUUUAUUGGUGAACAAAAACAUGCAGAUAUAAUCUGUGUGCAUUAGCUCUACUCUGCUGCAGAGAUGAUAUACUGUAUUGGAAAGAGAGGGCAGGAUGAUAAUUUAGUUUUCAUUACUGUAGAGACAUAAAGGCACACCUGACUAGUUUUCAUUUGUGAUGUGAAAUAGGGUUUGAGCAGUACUAUUGGUGAUGAAUCUUGGGUGUUGUUAAGUCAUAGUCAUUUCAAUAUUGAAAAUAGUUUUUUCAAGGAUUUUGUCUUUUGGGUUUGGGUUAUUAUUUACAAUUACAGCAAUGGCAAUAUAUUUUUGUAACUUCAUUUAAAAUCCUACGGGUCUAUGGGUGAUCUGUGAGAUUUUGCCAACUAAUACAAAACAUAGCUGAGCCUCCAUUGUCUAGUGGUAGGUUACACUGCCUUUACAGAUCAGUGUAAAUACUGCACUGCAGCUACUCAUUCUUCAAUCUAGAGUCAUAUCAGUGGUUUCAACUCUCAGCCCAGUGAUUGCUUAUAAAGCCACCUAAGCUUCAGGUUUGCCCAGAUGAGCCCUACUUUGUCAGCUUGCUGCCAUCACGGAUCCCAAACAGUGAUCCCGUGCUUUGACCCUCAUAUAUAACUUAACACAUUCUAACUACAAUAUAUGGACCUCCUACGGACAGCUCCAGUUAAAAGUCUAUAUUGUAUGACAUUAUGUUCAUGGUAUUAUUGUUACCCACAGUCUUUUCUUACCAGUGCAGUGUAUAUGUUAGGAAAGUAAUGGGUGUUGAGGAAAGUAAUGGGUGUUGAGUCUGCCAUUUAUAUGUUGUUCACUGUGCAAGUAUUAAAUGCGUUUAUGCUCAGUACCUGCCAACUGUGUAGCAGAGAACAGGCCGACAACCCGAUAGACUAGGAAGCUGACAAGUAAAAAAGAUAAAUGAAAAUGACCGUAAAUAACUAGAGUGAUCGUGACUUCCCAAUUACAAAGGUCCAGAUGACACCAAGCACCUCAACUCAGUCUCUCAAUAAUUAUAUUAGAAUUAUUAUGACAAAAAAUACUCAGUCACCUCCGAAGUGAAGGAAAUACUGAUUUGGUUUAUAUAAUCCUAACUUGCAUUAAUGUAGAGUCAGAGGAAUAAGUUAAGAUCUGUGUACAAGAUUGGCUACCAAUGUUCAUUUAUUUGGGAAAAUGUAUUCUGUCUUUUUUACAAUGAAUGAAACUUGACAAAUCCACAUGAGGAACUUUUCUGAUGAUGUCUCUUAUAAUCAAACAUAUUUAACUGUAGUUUAUGAAUGACAGAAAUAUCCUCCCUGAAAUCCAAACUGACAUCUUGACCCUUUCCCAAUUUGGUGAGUAGACCAUUAUGUUGUGUAUGUCACAGAAGAUUAGAUGGUAUUCGUAUAGAUAUUCAGUCUAUGUAUCCUACCCAAUUUGUGAAUUUGAAUACUCCACUUACUGUAGAUGCUUAAGUCUCGGGAGAAUAUUUUUCUCGCCCACAGUUCAAUAACUCGGCCAAUUCAGUGUCAAGGGUCAUACACACACUGGGAUACUCACCUGGAGGUUGUGCCAUUACUGCCCAAGAAUUAAAAAUAAAUUAAGCAAUGAAGAAAGAAUUAAUGGAUUGUAUUAGUUAAAUUAUUCAGUGUAUAACCCUUUAAUACCUCUGUCAGCCCACUGUUGAGGCUUCAAAAUUGUGAAUUGGGUGGGAUCUGGGGUAGCUAUGUAGGAUAAGUGUUAUUCCAAUAUCUUUAUUUUUGAGUGGUGUUAGAAUUACUGUAUCGCAAUUUUUUUAUGACGAGUCACAGGAUAAUUCACAUCAUGGGAUUGAUCACGUCAGUACAUGUACAGUCAACAACAAAAAUUUCUGCACCUUUAUGGUGUUAUAAAUAUGACACACCGGACCAAGAAUUCUGAGCAACACUCUUUUAUGCGGGUGAUUCCUGUUAAUUUCUCUGUUUUAACUAUAUGUGAGAUAAAAAAUACAUCAUACUGGUUAUACAAUGCAUCACACAACCAGAAUACCAACCUUACCAAAUUAAUAUGGCCUCAGUCAGUGAUCGUUGUAGAGGCCAUCUGACCAAGGGGUGCAGAACAUUUUUUUGCUGACUACAAAUUUUCUUGUAAGUAUUAUUUUAUGCUUACCAUAUUUGUACAAUAAAUGUUAAACGGUCCUUCAGGUGACCUACUAACUGUUCCAUUGUUUUAAGUUGUUGUCAAUGAGAGCAAGUGGAAGUUUCCCAUUUUCCAAAUAUCUAGAAUAUGCUGUACACCAAUGUGCACAUCUAUUCUGCACAAAAGAGAACACUGGAUUAUGAAGGUCAUGACAAAGAACAGGCCGACUGCUCAAACAGCUAGUACAGUAAACUGAUAAGUGGUGGAAGAGAUGAAAAAAUAUAAGAAUAAAGGUUUACCAGUAUCCCUGCUGAGGGGUUAAUAAAUUUACCUUAGUACUUUCUUUAGCACUUAGCUUUGGUACAUUAUAUACAGUAGCCAGUUUGCUGUUUCACAUAAGGAGGAUUUCAUUGUCAUUUGGUGCUCCAUAUUAUUCCAUACUUAAACAGCCUUCAUUGUUUUCUUCCCAAAAAGAUUUUUUUUUUUUUUUUUUUUUAAUUCAUGUUUAUAGAUGGUAAACAGGUUUUAAUUCUUCUGUGUAAUCAUUGAACGAGGGAAGAUUAAGACAAUAUUUUACUGCUCAGGCAUGUGUUCUUAAGAAGGUUGGUUUAUUCUGUGACCAUUUUAAGGUAAAUUAGGUGCAAUUCACUGUGUGCAUAGAUAAUGCAGGUACAAUACUUUAUGCAACACUGUACAUAUACAUACACAGAGCAGAUAUACAAAAAAAUGUACCUUUACAGUUCAGGUAUACAAACAGUAAGACAAUUCGAUCAAGGAUGACCAACAAAGCCAUCAGAUGUUUAUUUCCAGUAAGGUCCUUUGCAUACAUCAGAUCUAUUGUGGCAUGAUGAGCUUUGGUUUUCUACAAAGGUUUUUAUUACACCGUAUUGUAUGUAAACGAGAAUUCCUCAGAUGUGUAGCACUGCUUAGUAAUUAGAGGUUCAUUCUCUUUUUGAGGUGUGGCCUUAGCUGGGUGUUAUGCAUUGGAUUACUGGACAUAAGACUUUCUCUGCCCUGUUUCUUGCUUGUUUGGAGUCUCACAGAUCACUUGUUUGUGACUUAUAGACUUUAAAUGGAAGAUUGAUGUAAGAAAUGUAACUUUAUAGUGGAGGAGAGGAAGUGAGUGACCAAUGCAUGGAUGAUUUAACAUUUUAAAUACCCUUUUAUAGUCAUGGAGAAGAGACAAGUUAACUAACUUCCAUCUCUCUUUUGAUGGGAAUUGUACUGUAAUUACUGCAGAUGGAAAGUAUGUGGGUUGCAGCAUAUGAUCCUUAUUUGUGGCCAAUGGGGGUCUGAGAUGGAAGUGAAUCAACCAAGUAUGGAUCAUGAAAGCAAUACAACCAAGUAGGAAUUAACUUUGGAAGCAACCAUUGGAUUGGGAGUUUGAAUCAUUGAUUAAUUCAACCUAGGUUCACUGGGUAAGGAGCUGCUCUUGUUUCGUAUGGUUGGUGUAACCUACCACUACAGUCCAGCCCCUGACAAUGGUAAGCCUAACAAGAGGAUGUUUUAUGUAGCAGAAUCUAAUGGGGUUACUCUUCUCUUGCACUUGCAUUUAAAGUAGGAGUUCAUACUUCAGUCUUCCAUUAUUUUCAUGUCUUGUCACGUGUUAAAAUUAAGUCCCUUGGCACAAAUGUACUUACCAUUGGAUAUGAUUCAACAGAUUAAGGCCAGUAACCUCAGUUUUGUAGAACCUUAUAUGUACAGUACUUUUCCUCCUUUCUGACCUGUGAUGAUUUGAAUUAUAAUUUGACGCCAAAGAAUCUUCUAUGGAGUAAAUGAGUAUUCCGACUUCAUGCAGACAAUGUUGAAUGACCAGUAUGUUUGACUAUUGGGUAAUAUUGGUACAAUUACCAAUAAAGUUCAUGCAAUGAUCUCAUUUGUUAUUAAGCGCCCUUUAGCCAAAUGGCUCUUGUAAUACAGGCUGUGUCAGAGGGGACCAGAAUCUACUUUUUAUCCCAUUUAUUGUAACCCAGGAGUGAUUUGUCAAUUCAUUUGAGUAUACCAGUCCCCAUUCUCUCUCAUUGUCUGUACCAUUAAGUGCAAUGGUUGCCCUCUUGGGGUUUGAUCUUCUGUAAGCUGGGCCUGUUUUAUUAACAUAGUCUAAUCCAAGGUUAUGUCUGCCAUUUCUAGGAUUCAGGAUCAAUAAUCAUUCAGAAUUUAUUCCUUGAAAAAUAUCGUUAAACAGUUAUGAUGAUGAAUACAAGUACAGUACUGUAUAUGUUAAGAAAGUCAGUCACUCUUUGGUAUAUUACAGUAGUUACAGGAACUUAACUUUACAAUUCACCUGGUCUGCAAUAUAUUAGUGCAAUAUUAUACUGAACAUCUAUUAAGGAUUAUUUUUAUUAUGUACAUCUGUAUAUACUGUAAAUACAUAAAGUUUUAGACUACUGUAAUUGUAAUGGCUGACAGAUGGGGAAUUACUGUCAGUAUGCCUCCAAAUUCACUAUACAGUACUGUACUGAACUUAACUCCAAGCACUGAAAAUUAUGAAGCAACUGUACAUAGUAAUAAUACAAAGGUGAUGCAACUAAAGGUGCUCGUUUGUCUGAUCAUUGUAGUGCAAGUGGCUUUUGAUUAAUAAUAUAAGAUCACUUGGCUCUAGGAUGUAUUUUGUGCCAGCAGUGUGUGUAAACAGGUAGCUCAGAUUGCCAACAAACUGAAUUAUGAGUCACAGUUUGGUCCUGAAUUCUAAAGAUGACAAAUAGCUUUGGUUUGGAGUGUACUCAUUGGCAGUGUUAUCUAAAAAAAUGGUUAGGGGGGGGGGUCUUGCUGUUAAUUGAAUAAUUUGAAUUUAAAUAUUUGUACUCUUUUUGAAAUACAUUUUUAGAGAAAAUAUCAUACCUUAUUUCAUUAUAUUUUCCAAACUUUGGUCACGGUGAUGUACAGUAUUCAUACUCUGUCAAGUGGACUGAUAUUCAGUCCCGGCACACCUCAAGAAUUAAAAAAAUCAGUUGUUGCUAUUAUAAGAUUUGUACAUAAAUAUAGUCUGUAGAUCUGUUA